CCAAGUAAGAGAGAAUUCUGCCUUCCAACUGAAACAUCGGCUCGUCCUGCCUGAUGACCUUCAAACUGUGACAUCGGCUCUUCCUGGUUCUAUGGCAGCUUUUGGCCUUCAAACUCAAACUGGAGGAACAUCAGCUCUGCAGAUUUUGGACUUGCCAGCCUCCUCCGUAAUCACCCAUACUCGUCACCACCUCCAAGCCAGAUUCAAAUGGCUUGCUGAAAAGUCCCCAUGGGUGUACUGCUUUUUUUCCAGUUUUGCAAGGGAAAGCUUUGACUCUGAAUUGGAAACCUCCCAGUAACCACAAUGAAGAGGAAAUCCCAGGACUGCCAGUCCAGAUUGCCAGACAACAGUGCCGUGAAGCAGCAGCAGUUGCCCGCCUACCGGCUACAGCUCUCAGCCAACAAAAUCCUCUCCGGCUUUUUUGCCACAGGCGUGUUCUGCCUUGGAGUGGGCGUCAUCCUUCUGUUGUCUGCAAAGACCAUCAAGGAAGUAGAGAUUAAUUACACAGAAAAAUGUGCAAAUUGUGCAAAACUGCGGGAAAAUGCUGCUAAUUUUGACAAAGAAUGCAACUGCUCUAUUCCCUUUGUCCUUCCAGAGACAAUGAAGGGUAAUGUUUAUAUGUACUACAAAUUGUAUGGCUUCUAUCAGAACCUCUAUCGAUAUAUUCUAUCCAGAAGUAAUACCCAACUUGUGGGUACAGAUGUAAAGGAUGUUAGAAACUGUGCUCCAUUCAAAACCUCCCACAAUGGGAUCCCCAUCGCUCCUUGUGGUGCUAUUGCCAAUAGCAUGUUCAAUGACACCAUUAUUCUUUCUUACAACCUUAAUUCAUCUAUCCAUAUCAAAGUACCAAUGAUAAGGAGUGGAAUUACAUGGUGGACAGACAAGUAUGUCAAGUUUCAGAAUCCAAGUUUCCAAAAUCUUUCUAGUGCAUUUGCAGGAACCACAAAACCUCCGAACUGGCCUAAGCCUGCCUAUGAACUAGAUGAAGAGGAUCCAGGAAACAAUGGCUUCAUCAAUGACGACUUCAUUGUGUGGAUGAGGACAGCCGCAUUUCCCACUUUCAAAAAACUGUACCGCCGACUCCAUCGAAUAGAGCAUUUUACUGAAGGCUUGCCUGCUGGUAGUUAUAGUUUCAACAUAACCUACAACUUUCCUGUAAACAGGUUCCAAGGAGAAAAAGCAGUUGUUCUUUCCACCCUGACAUGGAGUGGAGGCAGUAGCCUUUUCUUAGGUCUCGCCUACAUGGUGACAGGAGCUGUGACCUGGUUAGCCUUCUUUUCCAUGUUGGCAGUUCACUUGAGGCUGAGAGAAAGGAAAAUGUUCUUCCUCCAGCAGUAAAGUCAGACUUUAAAAAGAAGAGCAGAAAACACAGAAAUGGACGGUGAAGUAAUGGAGCCAAAGAUCUCAAAAUGACUGGGAUGUUUCAUCAAGGGGAACUGGACUGACUGACCAAGUUCAAUCCCAGAUAGAUAAAUAAUGAGAGCUUCAGAGUGAAGAAGAAGAAAAAGAAGAAAAGGAGGAGGAGAAGGCAUAAUUAGGUGACCUAUCCAGGGCAGAGAGCUAGGAAGGAACAGAGCUCACACAGGAACCAAACCCUGUGACUUCAUAUCCUGGGCUCUUGCCCCUUCAGUCCACACUCCUGAGUUAUGGUGUUGAUUGGAAAAAGGUAAGAAUACAUUUGUUACAUUUCAAUCCUCUUUGUCAGCUUAUAAAAUGUUGUAUUAGUCAAGGCUCU